UAUCCUUCCAAUUCGAUCGAGUUGCAGGAGAAAUAAAGAAACCGGCCAUGGAUUCCAGAAAGAGCACUGCUUUCUUCCUCCUCUUCUUCUUCUUCCAUGGCUUCUUUGCUGACUCUGUUCCAUUCGCGGCCAGGCUUACCCACUCCAUGGCCUCGUCUCCUCCCUCCUCGGCCGCCGUCAAAGCCGGCUACUGGCCGGCGUUUGGAUCCGCCGUCUCGCCUCCGUCGGACGCCGCCCUCUCCCUUCUCACUCACGUCUACUACGCCUUCGUCCAAGUCGACCCUGCCACCGCCUGCGUGGCCCUCACCGCCAACGACUCCCUGGCGCUGCCGCUCUUCGCCGCCGCCGCCCACGGCCAUGUUUCCCCUGUCAAGGCUAUCCUCUCUGUCGGCGGCGCCAGCGCCAUCGCCUCCGCCAACUUCGCCAGGAUCGCCGCGAAUGCCUCCGCCCGCUCCGCCUUCGCAGCCUCCGCCGUCGCGGUGGCGGGGGAGUACGGCCUCGACGGCGUCGAUAUCGACUGGGAGUACCCGCAGAGUCCCCAGGAGAUGUCCGACUACGUUGCUCUGUUUUCCGAGUUGCGGCGUGAGGCCGGGGCGGCCGGGAGGUGCCUCCUCCUCACGGCGGCGGUGCAUUACUCUGCCACUGCCCCGGGUAAGACGGUAGAGGCGUACCCUGUUUCGUACCCAGCGGCGGAAAUGGCGGCGGAGCUCGACUGGGUCAACGUCAUGGCCUACGACCUGCACGGCAAUUGGGACGCAACGGCCACCGGCGCGCACUCGGGCCUCUUCGACGCGCAGAGCGACUUGAGCGCGAGCUACGGGCUGGCCACGUGGCUAUCCGCCGGGAUGCCGGCGGAGAAGUUGGUGAUGGGCGUCCCGCUCUACGGGAGGACCUACAACCUGACUGACGGAGAAGAACACGGGAUCGGCGCGCCGGCGAGGGGCGUGGGGCCGGGGGACGCCGGGGUGCUGACGUUGUCGGAGGUGGUGGAGUUCAACGGGAAGAACAGGGCGACAGUGGUGCACGACGAGGCGAAGGUGGCGACGUACUCGUUCGCCGGCGAGACGUGGAUCAGCUACGACGAUUCGUGGUCGGCGACGAGGAAGGCGGAGUACGCGCGUGGGAUCGGACUCCGUGGAUACUUCUUGUGGGCCAUCGGGUUCGACGAGGAUCGGAUCAUCUCCAGAGCAGGUACGAAAUCGGGUAGCUCAAUCUAUUCUUAA